CCCUCACUCCCAAGUUUUCAGCUCAUUGAUUGAUCCAAUUCUCUCUUAAAAAGCCUAAACCUAAGUGAUACUGCAUCUUAUUCUUCAUUAUCAUUAAGCAGAGGCACCAGAGAAAGAGAAAAUGGAGGGUAAAGAAGAAGAUGUAAGAGUGGGAGCAAAUAGGUACAGAGAAAGGCAACCUAUAGGAACGGCUGCUCAAACCCUGGAGGCGAAAGACUACACGGAGCCACCUCCAGCUCCACUUUUUGAGCCUGGCGAAUUAUCAUCAUGGUCCUUUUACAGGGCCGGCAUUGCUGAAUUUGUAGCCACCUUUUUGUUUCUUUACAUCACGGUUUUAACUGUGAUGGGCGUGAAGAAAUCCCCGAGCAAGUGUUCUACUGUAGGUAUUCAGGGUAUUGCUUGGGCUUUUGGUGGCAUGAUCUUCGCUCUUGUCUAUUGUACUGCCGGCAUUUCAGGGGGUCACAUUAACCCAGCGGUGACUUUUGGGCUGUUCUUGGCGAGAAAAUUGUCGCUCACCAGGGCGGUGUUUUACAUGAUAAUGCAAUGUUUAGGAGCCAUAUGUGGCGCUGGUGUAGUAAAGGGUUUCGAGAAGAGCCAGUACGAAAUGCUAGGCGGCGGUGCAAACUCGGUCAAUAAAGGAUACACCAAGGGCGAUGGUCUUGGAGCUGAAAUUAUUGGCACCUUUGUCCUCGUCUACACUGUCUUCUCCGCCACUGAUGCUAAACGCAAUGCCCGAGACUCCCAUGUUCCCAUCUUGGCACCAUUGCCCAUCGGAUUUGCAGUGUUUUUGGUGCAUUUGGCAACUAUUCCAAUUACAGGAACAGGUAUUAACCCUGCAAGGAGUCUUGGCGCCGCUAUAAUUUUCAACAAGGACCAAGGCUGGAGUGACCAUUGGAUUUUCUGGGUAGGACCCUUCAUUGGAGCGGCACUCGCAGCCUUAUACCAUCAGAUUGUAAUCAGGGCCAUUCCAUUCAAGUCCAAAUGAUCCGAUUAUUUCAAACAAGCUUGAUAUUGGAUGUACUCAAUCAAUGACGACUAUAUAGUCAUGUUGCUUAUUUUUCUUUGUUCAUUUGUUUGGCUUCUUCUCUUUCAUGUAAAUGGGCAAAAUAAAUUGAAGAAAGAAAAUGGCUAGCGUGUAGUAAUGGUGUUUCCAUGGUAGUAGUAAAUUGCUCACGGGGAAUUGGCUAUUCGUAGGGCUCUAAAUUAAUGUAAAGGUGUGUGUUGUUUCACCGACUAGCUGUUAUCCAAUUCCUGCUAUAAAUAAAUUAUUAAUUGCUUAGACUAA